UCACAAUCUAAUCGAUGGUGGUUUGACUAACAAAAUACUUAAAUAUUUUUUCUUUAGUUUACGUUGUUCUGUUUUCAAAUACAAUGUCUGGAGGUCACAAACAUCGCUACAAGAAUGUUGGACUGAGUGCUGACGAACUUCGUCGGCGCCGAGAAGAAGAAGGAGUUCAACUUAGAAAACAAAAAAGGGAACAGCAGUUAUUUAAAAGAAGAAAUGUUAAUCUACCUGGAACUAAUGCUGCUGGAGCUGCUUCACAGGAGGACCUCAAUAUUUCACCAUCAGAUUGCAUCACUCCAGAUAUGGUUUUAGCUGUCUACUUAGAUAAUCCUGAAGAACAAGUCAUAGCAACACAAAAGUUCAGAAAGCUUCUAAGUAAGGAACCUAAUCCUCCAAUUGAUGCAGUUAUACAAUCUGGAAUUGUACCAAAAUUUAUUGAAUUCCUGACAAACCAUAAGAAUCCAACCUUACAGUUUGAGGCGGCAUGGGCGCUGACAAACAUCGCCUCGGGUUCGUCAGGACAAACUCGUAUCGUAGUGGAUUAUGGCGCAGUAAAUGUACUGGUAGGACUAUUGAGUGGUUCUACGGAGAACGUGUGCGAGCAGGCAGUUUGGGCCCUUGGAAACAUCGCUGGAGACUCGCCCUACUGCCGAGAUAUUGUCCUCGCGGCUGGCGUUCUCCCUCCCUUGCUUGACAUUUUAAAUAAGUACACGAAAUUGUCAAUGACGAAAAAUGCUGUUUGGACGUUGUCGAAUUUGUGCAGAGGCAAAAAUCCUCCCACAAAUUUCGAAACAGUUGCACCAGCUAUUCCAGUAUUAGCGCGUCUUCUACAUCAUACAGAUGCAGACGUUCUGAGCGACGCAUGUUGGGCACUCUCAUAUUUAUCAGAUGGUCCGAACGAGAAAAUUCAAGCUGUGAUCGAUGCCGGUGUUUGCAGAAGACUUGUUGAGCUACUGAUGCACAAUAAAUCGACGGUUGUCAGUGCGGCUUUGCGCGCGGUCGGGAACAUCGUUACCGGCAACGACGCCCAGACUCAGACAGUGCUCAACUGCAACCCGCUGCCCAACCUAUACGGCCUCUUGCAGUCCUUCACCGAGACUCUGCGUAAGGAGGCCUGUUGGACUCUCUCCAACAUCACUGCCGGAAAUGCCGCGCAAAUACAGGCGGUUAUAGAUGCUAAUAUUUUCCCAUUUUUACUAGACAUAUUGAGACACGCUGAAUUUAAAACUAGGAAAGAAGCAGCAUGGGCUAUAACAAAUGCGACGAGUGGCGGUACGAACACUCAAAUAAGGUAUUUAGUAGAACAAGGUUGCAUACCGGCUUUAUGCGAUCUGUUGACGCUCACAGAUGCGAAAACCGUGCUGGUAGCAUUAAAUGGUAUAGACAAUAUUUUAAAAGCUGGUCAACAAACAGACCUACGGGAUAAUCGUUAUGCGGUGCUAGUUGAAGAAUGUUUAGGAUUGAAUAAAAUCGAAUUUCUACAAUCCCACGAAAAUCUCGACAUUUAUCAAAAAUCAUUUGAAAUUAUCGAAAAUUACUUCGGGUCCGAGGAGGAAGAUGGCAGAUUGGCGCCAGCUGUGUCUUCCACUACCAAUCAAUUUCAGUUCAACACCGACCAAUCGGUGCCCAUGGGCGGCUUUCAGUUUUAACAUACGCUUAACUUCGCUUUUUACGACGUCAUUGUUAAAUUUCUGUCUAAAGAAGUCAGUAGAAUCAGUAUCUACUUCAUGAUUACUAUAGAUGUAGAACGUACAGUCUACUCAUUUGUAAAAUUAAUUGCACUUAUGUAUAGAUUGUUUUAAAUUAUAUUAACAAAGUUGUCUUUUAUAAUGUUCAUUUUGUAGAUAACAUUGUAUGUAGGUCAUUUGUAUUGUAGUAAAACAUUAUGUAACUAUA